UCAUAAGAGUUAUAUAUAAGCACAGUCACAUAAACACGUCUUACGUAUUAUUUUGUUGGCACAACAAGGUCAAGUACGAGUUCUCAGUUGCUAUUUGACUUUCUACGAGUAUAUAUCAUUGUCUUUUACUGAAGAUUUCAUAUCAAGCGUUUUCGAAGAUUUUAAAACAAGUGUAACAACAAAGAAACUGCAAGACGCACAAAGGAAAAUCGUUGCAUUUUUUGUAAUCGAUACAUAUCUCAACAUGAAGUUCUCAAGUGAUGCGGCAUACUUGGUGGAGUAUGAUUAUGGCACCCGAUUUUUGAGAUGCCGAAAAUGUGAUCAUUAUUUCCCUUCUCUCUUGGAUUGGGAGGAUCAUCAUUUUCAUUAUCAUAUGAAACUUAAAUAUAUGUGUACUCACUGUGACUACAGAUAUCUCAACAAGAUGAGCUUAGUAGUACAUAUGCAAGUCAAGCAUAAUAAACAGUGGUUUUAUUGUUUUAUGUGUGAAAUUAUGUUCUUUUACCCUAAUGCUAUAAUAGCACAUAUACAAAACGUACAUUCAACAGCUACAAAUCCUUUUGAGUAUGAAUGUAAUCGAUGUAUACCACCGAGGAAACAACCCAAUUUCUAUACGUUACUUCACGAACACAAAUAUGAUCAUGCUGAGCCUGGCACCUGGUUUAUCUGCCGUAUUUGCGGUAAGGAGUGUGACAAUGCUAAACAACUAAGUAUCCAUAGAGCUACUCACUAUGAUGCACAAAAACGCAUAUGCACACAUUGUAAGAAAAGUUUUUCCUGCUUAGUUAAUCUUAAGAGGCAUAUAAGCGAAUAUCACAAAAGAUUUCCAUGUCCAAACUGUUUUGAUGGUUACUCUGUUGAAAUGAAAAAAGACUUGCAAUUACAUAUAAAAUAUAACCAUGAAACAAAAUUACUGUAGAUACACACAGUCAUUGAACAUGCAUGCUUAUACAUACAAAUAGAUAAGAUUUUAAGUGCAAAUAUGACUUAAUGGCACAUACUAAACUUUAUAGAUCGUACCGCAUACAGUAAAUUCUUUGACAAUAUCUAGAAAAUGGAUAAAUGUGACAUUACUAGUAAAAUGUGUAUUAUCUUUGGUAUUCUUACAUGUAUGCUGGAAGCCGUAAAUAUAGAUGGUAUAAUCAGAAAAAAGAUAAUCUCCUCUUUCUACAAAACUAAACAUGUACAAUGUUUUUCACAUAAAUUAUGGUUUUUUAGAAAUUUAUACACAUAUAUAUAUACAAUAUACAGGGUGUCCG